AUGGUGAGCCAGACAGGUGCCAAGCUCGAUGUCACACAGGAAGUACUGGUCCGCAUCUUGCGCGUUUCAGAGAUGAGCUUGAUUACCGAACCCUUGUGUCCUACGCCGGAUGUCUAUAUCGUCACGCCGCCCCUAGCCGAAGUCAAGGCCAUGGCCGAGCAAAUUAAGCCUCUUGCCACGCAUGUGUGUUUGAGUGCCAACCACAACGGCGCCCUACGGCUGGCGAUCGUGGGUAGUGAUGUCGUGGGCGAGGCUACAUGGACAGGCUUGGAGCAUCCCAGCGUGCAGGCGCCAGCGCCCUCACGCCCAGAAGCCAAUCCACACGCCUUUCGCGAGGUGCACUUGAAUGUGCGGGCCCUGCAAAGCGUACUAAACUCAGCCAAUGUAGCCAAGUCCACCGUGGCCUGUCUAUGCACGGGCUACUGCGCAGUUUUUUACGUUUAUUUGAAUGGACAGACGGACGCAUACCCCACAGGUCAACAUGCCAGCAGAGAAGGCGUAAAUGGUGUAAUGAAUGUACGUGACAUGUAA